UAACAAAAACAUAUAAUCAAACAUCAAAUUUAUCUUCUACAGCUAUUUUAACAUGUCAUAUACGUGAUUUAGGUGAUCAUCAUGUAACAUGGUUUAAAUAUAAUUCCUUAACAUCUUUAGCAUAUCCAUUAGUUGUUGGAAAAGAAUUAUUUACAACUGAUAAACGUUAUUCCGUAUCAUCAUAUUCAACAUCAACAAGAGAUUCUUAUUGGUCAUUAGAAAUUUAUGAAUUAAAUCAAUCUGAUGAAGGAAUAUAUCUUUGUCAAAUAGCUAAUCGACGUGAAACUAUAAGUAUUUCAAUAUAUUUACAUAUACAAAUACCUAUGAUUCUAUCUCCUUCAUUACUUUAUGUUGAACCAGGAACAAAUGUUAAAUUAAAUUGUAGUAUUUUAAUUGAUAAUGAUGAUGAUGAUAAUAAUAAAUCAUUAUCAUUAAUAAAUUGGUUGUUUGCAUCAAAUAUAUUUAAUAAAACAAAACCUAAUGAUAUACAUGUACGAAGAAAAUUGAUAAAUAAUAGUUUAAAUUCAUAUUUAAUUAUUCAUCAUGCACAAAUAUAUCAUUCAGGUAUAUGGGCAUGUGUUUAUAAACGUCAACGACGCACCGCUAGAUUAAUUGUUGAAAAAGGUUGA